UAUAUAUCUCAAGAAAGAGACAGGGCGGCCCUGUAAGUUCUCCUUCAAAUUCUCCUCUGUUUCUCCAAAGCUCAAAAAUGGCGUAAACCAAGCUCGGCAGCCAUGGCGAAUCUCUCGUCUUUCAUAAAUCCAGAAGGGUCAAGCUUUGAUUUUGAAGAGCUCGAAGAAGCCAUAGUUUUACAGAGAGUUGAGCUUCAAAACGACGAACUCCAAUCUUCACAGCCAUCGUCAAACCAGAAUCAAUCACAGAGAAAAGGAGCAAAUUCAACGUCACAGAGGCAGCUUGAUGCCAAGACACUGAGACGAUUGGCUCAAAACAGAGUAGCUGCAAAAAAGAGCCGUCUGAGGAAGAAGGCUUAUAUUCAGCAGCUAGAGUCCAGUAGAAUCAAGCUCUCUCAGCUUGAACAAGACCUCCAUAGAGCACGUUCUGAGGGAUUGUUUCUAGGUGCUUGUGGUGGCGUUAUGGGUGGCAAUAUCAGCUCCGGAGCUGCAAUAUUUGACAUGGAGUAUGCGCGGUGGCUAGACAACGACCUCCGUAUGAUGUCGGAGUUGCGGGCGGCAGUGGAGGGGCAUCUCCCGGACGGCGAUCUCCGAGCAAUCGUAGACGGUUACAUGAGUCACUACGACGAAAUAUUUGAGUUGAAAAGUGUGGGAGCAAAAUCAGAUGUGUUUCAUUUGAUGACGGGAAUGUGGAUGAGUCCGGCGGAGCGUUGCUUCCUUUGGAUCGGAGGAUUCCGGCCGUCGAAGCUCAUAGAGAUGGUAAUCCCGCAGUUAGAGACAUUAACGGAGCAGCAAGCUGUAGGAAUAUGUAAUUUGCAGAGAUGUUCACAAGAAACAGAGGAUGCUCUGUAUCAGGGGCUUGACCAGUUCCACCAUUCUCUCAUAAUGGCCGUCGCCGGCACUGCCAUGAUGGAGGGGGUCAACCACAUGGCCGUGGCCGCCGGGAAGCUCUCCAACCUUGAAGGCUUCAUUCGCCAGGCUGACAUGUUGAGACAACAAACGCUUCAUCAAUUAUGUAGAAUAUUGACGGGUCGACAGGCAGCUCGAUGCUUCAUGGUAAUUGGAGAGUACUAUGGAAGACUAAGAGCUCUUAGUUCAUUGUGGGUUUCCCGACCAAGAGAGAGCAGGAGAUGGUUGAAUGAUGAAGGUCCAUGCCAAACAGCAGCAACAAGAAGAAGAACAGAGGAAGAGAUGAUUCAGAAUCAGAUUCAGAGUUCACACAACCAUUUCCCGAACUUCUGAUCUUAUAUCAUAUUUCUAAGAGAUAUUGACUUUUUAUUUUC